CUGUCUGAAAAUUCGUGCAUUUUUUUUUGCUCUUUUGGUUGCUCUUCUUGUUGUUCGUCUCUGAUACUUCUCCCAUCAGAUUCUUGGCAUUUCUCCCAAUUUCCGCUUCAAAUUUCGCAUUUCUUUGUUUUCUUUCUAGCCCAUGAAAAUGCUUCUCCCAGCACUGGAAGUAGGACCAUAUUGUUGUAGUGUCGAGUAAAACGCACCAUUUUGAGAUUGAUGCAUUUGUUUCUGAAUACGAGGUUUCGAAUUUCAGUCCCUUGGAGAAUCCCAGUUGAAGAUUGGUCUUUUCAGGAAAUUCCAUGAUCAGUUCUUACCCUGCAAGCAAUUGAAUUGGAGUUAUCUGCGGAAGAAAGGUCUUUGACUUCUAAGUAAAAGGGACAACUCUAAAUUCUGUUUCUCGUAUUGGUUCAAUUCAACCUCCUGCAUGAGAUAAGGUAUCAGAGAAGAGAAUGGAAACAGAGUAGAUGCAGAGGGUAAAAGUUGAUGAAUUGAGUUAGGUUUUUUUCUUCAAUUGGAGCUCUUAAUUUUACAAGUUAGCAAUUUAGACCGAGGAAAUGCUUGAGACUGAGCUAUGUUCUUCGCGGGUUCUAUCACCCUUUCGCGAGGAGAGUGGCGAUGAAGAAUUGUCUGUUCUUCCUAGGCAUACUAAAGUCAUUGUGACUGGAAACAACAGGACCAAGAGUGUUUUGGUGGGUCUUCAAGGUGUUGUCAAGAAGGCUGUUGGGCUUGGUGGUUGGCAUUGGCUGGUUUUGAAAAAUGGGGAUGAAGUUAAAUUGCAAAGGAAUGCUUUGAGUGUGUUGGAACCUCCGACUGGGAAUGAAGAAGAUGAUGAUUAUGAUUUUGAUGACUCUAGCAGUGGCUGUGAAGUUGGUGAAAAGGAGAGUCAUCGUUUUUUAGCUGCUGGUAUUGAGUUCAGCAAACUCAGUAAGGCGAGAGUCCGAUAUGCAAGGCCAUUGGUUCCAUCGGCAUCCGCAAAGUCAAUCAGUCGCAACAGUGUUAGCGAACUUAAAUCUAAUAGCCAUGCCCCUCAACAGCACCGCGGAUCGAACAUGGCAAAAUUGGGAACUGGCUCAUUGUGGAGAUACUGCCAGAGAUUCAAGCUAGCCAGUAUUAAUUCUAGCCUUACAAAGGAACAACUUUCUAACAUUGUCCAGCAGCACUUUUCUUCUCAGCAAGUGGACGAGGUACAAGUGGUCGUAGAAUUCGUCCGUGCAGCAAAGAGGUUGAGAGCGAUCGAUGCACAUCGAGAGCGAUUGUAGAAAAACCGUAAAACUGGUUGCUUGUAGUAUAAGUAUAUAGUAGUAUGAACCCUAACGUAGUUCAGCUCUAAUGAUAGAUUGCUAAUGCCUGAUGUAGACAUCUGGGAUUGUGUGGUAGGCUGUAGGUAAAAAAUCCAAGUACCUCUGUUAACAUCUGUCUGAAUGUGCUGUUGGGGCAGUAACCCUCUGAUGAUCUGAUCUGAUAUUUUCCUAAUUUGUUUUCUUGCA